CUGCAUCUCCCUCUGGGCUAGUCUCUACCACAAUCUGUACUAUACAUACCUGUUGCACACUCCAUAUAAUCUCACACUGAAAUGCCCAAGUCAAAACGCUCCAAAGUCGUCUCGUUGACCAAGGUCGCGAAGAAGACAAGAGAAGACAAAAACGCACUCCUCGCAGAGGUGCAAGAAAAUGCCGACAAAUGGCAAUACUGCUGGCUGUUCGAGGUGGGGAACAUGCGGAACGCCCACCUGAAGACAGUCCGGAAACUAUGGAAAGACACCGCACGCAUGUUCUUCGGCCGCGGCGCCGUGAUGGCCAAAGCCCUCGGCACGACGCCCGCGGAAGAGCACCGCCCGGGGCUGCACAAGCUCGCGACGCAGAUCCGGGGCCAGGUCGGGCUCUUCUUCACGGACUCGCCGCCCGCGGAGGUGCUCGAGUGGUUCGCGGACUUCGCGCAGCCUGACUUCGCGCGCGCGGGCAACCGCGCGGCGCGCACGGUCGUGCUGCCCGCGGGGCCCGUCAUGCAGCAGCACGCGCAGCCGCCGGAGCCGUUCCCGCACAACGAGGAGCCGCAGCUGCGGCGGCUCGGGCUGCGCACGCGCAUGGAGCGCGGGGUGCCGACGCUCGACGCGCCGCAUACGGUGUGCGAGAAGGGGAGGGCGCUGACGCCGGAGCAGGCGCAGCUGCUGAAGCUGGUCGGGAUCAGGAUGGUGACGUUCAAGGUCGGGCUGCGGGCGCGGUGGGACGCGGCGACGGGGGAGGUCACGCAGAUCGAGGGCGAGGAGGUCGAGGAGGGGGACGUGGGCGGAGAGGAGGAGGCCGAGGAGAUGAGCGAGUGAUUGUAUGAUCUCUGCACUUCUGUUUGAUUUCGCUGUCCCGUCUUCUUCUUUCACAUUUUGCACGUACACAGGGUCAUCUGGUAUUCAGCAAACAGCGUGCGUACAGCCAAAGCGCGCCGCUCUACACUAUCCUACAUCCCCCAGGUCAGUACGUCUGCGAUGUCUACCCAUCACUCCUCGUCGAACAACAGCGCCCUCAACUCGAUGCUCUGCCGAUGCGGCGCCCCCUCGGGCGUCGUGCUGUCCCAAAACGCGCUAUGCGGCGUCAGCCGCGCCCUGUCUGUCAGCGAGUCGUAGCACUUGAUCAGCGUGACCUCCUCCGGCGUCUGCUGGCUCAGGUACCACCACUUGUGCGCGGGGUUGUAGCGCACGCUGAACGUCGCCCCGACGCGGUCGGGGUAGUAGUACGUGACGGGGACGAGGUCCGCGCGCUCGUCGAGCGCGCGCCAGUCCGAGACCGCGAGCGGGCGGUGGAAGACGGGGUUCGCGAUCGGCCGCCAGACGUUGACGAGCCGCGUGCGGGAUUGGAGGAGGCGCGGGGCGUCCGCGCCGAGGAGCUGGUGCACGCGCUUGAUCGUUGCUUCGUAUGUCUGGUCGAUGUGCACGCGUUCCACGGGGCCGCGCGAGACGUUCCGGGGCACCGAGCCG